AUGGAGAGCAGAGUCCUGGCUGUCUUCUGCACGCUUUCUCUCUGCUCCUUUGGAGCAGUCAUCUCGACGCGGACGCGUAGACAUCACACACACCUGGAGAACGGUUCAGCUCACAGAAACAUGUCAACUAAUCAUCGCAGCAGAUAUCCUUUGUACAUGAUGCAGCUGUACCGCUCUUUCAGUGCUGCCGACUCCAUCGCCUCACUGACUGUCAACACCUUUAGAGCGCCAAGGGACCAGCUGUCAGCUUACAGCUCUGAUUCUGUCCUGAGUCUAGUGGCCAAAGGUUGUCAUCAAGUGGGCGACAGAUGGAUGGUCACCUUUGACAUGUCUUCCAUCUCCACCAGUGAGCUUGUCCAGCUAGCAGAGCUUCAGAUCCGACUCCCAGCUUUCUCUGCCUCUCACCAUGCCACUGUGGAUUUAUACCAUUCCCAGAAGCACAGCUGUGACCCGGAUGGGACUUCAUGCCAGGAGUCACAGGAGGAGGCUGUCUUCUUGGGGAGCUUUGGCGCAACACCGAGCAGCACAAAGUCUUCCUGGAAGGUAUUCAAUGUGACGAAUCUCUUGAAAUACUGGCUUUACCAGGGAGAUGCAGUGUUGAGCCAAGAGGGCUCAGGGGUGACUCAGAAAGACAGCGGGAGCGGUUAUGGGGAUGAAGACCUCUUGGCAAGAAGUCAAAGAAAAGCACAACAUCCAACUACAAAUCGGGUGAUGAUGGUCAUCUUCUCCAAACACAACCUGCCCCAGGAAUCCUCUGGAGCUUACAGUCUCAUUCAAACUGUGGAAAACUCCAAGUAUGUGACAGCCAACAGGGUCAAGAGUGAUAGGCAAAGCCGCCGCCACAAGAGGAACCGAUUGGAGGCCCUGCGAGUUACUGAUGGAGCUGCACCUACCGUGGCCCCUGCAGCGGAGCAGACUCAGGGGCCUCUGUGUCGCAGGGUGGACAUGUGGGUAGACUUUGACCACAUUGGCUGGGAUGAGUGGAUUGUGCAUCCGAAGCGCUACAACGCCUAUCGCUGUGAGGGAGAGUGUCCCAUCCCCCUAGACGAGUCCUUCAACCCCACCAACCACGCCUACAUGCAGAGCCUGCUGAGACAUCACAACCCAGGAAGAGUGUCCUGCCCUUCCUGUGUGCCGACACGCCUCAGCCCGUUCUCCAUGCUGUACUACGAGAACGAUGACCUGACCCUGCGGCACCACGAGGAGAUGAUUGUUGAAGAGUGCGGCUGCCACUGA